AUGAACGAAAAUGAAAUUAUCAAUUCAUCGUCAGAAGGUAUUGCUAGUGCAAAAGAACAAUCUACCAAAACAGAUGAACAACCUACGUUACCACAAGAUGUUUAUUCUAUCAGUAAGAAGCAGGAACGUCUCACAACACCGACCACAGACGUACCGUCUCCAUCAUAUCCAUGUAUUUCUUUUGGUUCCCGCCAGUUAAAUAAUUCGAAAUUGCAUAGAUUAUUCGAGUAUCUGAUGUCUCUCCCUCCAAUGGAUAAAAAUGGAUCAAUGAGUGGUGACUGCAAUUUGGAAACCACUCAAAUGGAAAAAUUUCUUUCAAGUACGUUUCAGUUUCAAAAUAUUUCUGGAGAAUAUAUCGUUCAAGGUGUAAAAGCAUUUAAAUUAGGCAAAUCUCUAAAUUCAAUGGAUCCGAAGAAGAUAGUUUAUUUUCCUAGCAAGACUGCUACUACAUCAUUUACGAUGAGCGUAGAAGAAAUUCUCAAUUGGCAACAAUCAUAUAGAGUUUAUGCUGACAAAACUGUUAGGGGUAUGAACAAAGAUUUUCUUCUACAAGCAUUAAGAGGACAGAGUAAAUAUGGAAAAGAAGCAUUUCGUAUGAAAUUUGUUGUUCGUAUUUCACAAUGUCCUAUCUUGAUGGAAUUCGAUGCUCGCAUUAUAUCUCGUACACCUCAAGAAGAAUGGCCACAUCGAAUUAGACUAGUUUCAGUAACUGGUAUUGAUUUUGCUGGACGAAUACAUGAUGUUGAUGAUAUUCGUACUUAUGUAAAAAACUGGCAAGAUGUUUAUGAAAUUGAUCAGAAUUCGAAUUUGCCACGAGUUUAUGGGGAAAGAGACUUUCGUCGAAUAACGAAUGGUCCACGAGGAAAACUAGACCAAAAUCUCCUUCUAAAUGAUUUAAUGCGUAUGGCAAGACUUCGAUUACGAGCAUGUGAUAUAGAAAAAGUGGAGGUUGUAGUUGAAACAGGUAUUGGACUUGGUGUAUUUGCUGGUGCAGCUAUUGGAAUUGAUGAAACAGUAAGAGGACUUUCUGCACUUGCUAUCCGAAAAGUACUUGAAGAAGAUGGGCCUACUUAUCAAAAUGUAUGUGCUGUCGUGAUUGCUCUACCUAUUUUUGAUGUAGGCCAUCGAAAUGAUAAAAGACAAGAUACAUAUCAAGUUUUUGUUGAUGAAUUCAGUCGAAAUAAUUAUCAAGGUCCUAUUCCUGUAUUAAUUGCUGAUCAAGAUAUGCAUCGAUUAACUGUAGCUAUUGCUCGAAUGAAUUUCAAUGUUUCUGAGUUGAAUCCUGCUGAUUCUCAUGGUGUAUUUGGUGAAUAUUGGCAAAAUCGAGGACCAGCUGUAGAAGAAAAAUUAGCUUUAACUACAAUGGGUCUAUUUGUACAACAUCAUAUCAUUAAUCCAUGUGUACUUGAUCCAAACCAUUACCAUUUUAUUUAA